GCAUUUCAUUCAGUCAGCUGACGCAGUUUGUGAUGGUUGUUUGUUAGCGCUACAAAUUUCGCCUACAAAAAUAUUCUUUCUCUGGUUGUCGUGUAUUUGCUGUUGUUGUAAUUGUAUAUUUUGCACUGAAUGUUUAAUUGUUAGUGUUAAAUAAAAUUGUGUCAGGUUCGUGAAAGAAAAUUCAAAAAAAAAAAUAAAAAAUCAAUUAAUUGCAAUUAUAAUAACGGUAAUUAAUAUACUGCAAAAGCAAAAAUAAAAACUGUAAACGCAGGAUACACAAAAGGAUAUACGCUAUCACUGCGACACCUCUUAAGCACACCCAACCAAAGCACCGCACACCAAAUACAAAUCGAUGAAGAUGGGUUCACCAGCAGUUAAACAACAUAAACGCGCCAGCAAAUCGUCGAGCUCGUCGCGGGUCAGCAUGACCACUUCCGAGGCGGAGGAGAAUUUCGUUGAGUCGAAACUUUUUAGUUGGAUGAGACUCUUCCGAUUCGCCUCAUUGCUUUGCCGUGCGGAAUAAUUAAGUACCGCCAGGACAACAUGAGUGUACCAUUUGUUGGUGUUGGCGUGAGCGCCACAACAACACUUGCGAGGGGGAAUUAUGUUAUAAUAAAAUAAAGAGUAAACAAUAACAAUUACAUAUGUAGUAGUCAUAAAAAAUGCAAUUAGUUUUUAGUGCUGCAUGAGUGUGUAAUUAGAUAAUUACAUACGCAAACUUAUAAAAGCCAAUAAUCACAAAGUCCAUUGCAUUAUUUAGCAAAGAAAAAAUGAAAAUAAAAAUGUAGUGAAAAAAAUGUUUAAAGCGAAGUACAGUUGAACUUAAAAAAUAUAAGUAGUUAAUAGACAAAUUGGUCAAAACAAUAAAAUAUUUAUGGAAAACAAAAUUCAAAGAAAAUACAUAUUUACAUAUUUUAUUAAAAAUUAAUAAUAUACUAUAUAUGUAUACUAGCGCUUCUCUGUACCUUAAUUGUUGGAUGAAAACUUUAUUUUUUAGUAUAACCGAUGUGCUCGAAUUGUAGACAACUUGUUGAACACAAAUUAGCACUUAAAAACUUCUAAGUUACUAGUUACUAUUUUGCAAAAAAAAAGAAAGAAGAAGAAGAAAAAUAAUCAUUCAACACUAAACACUUAGUGUAUUAAAUAGUUUACUGUUAUCUAGCAGCAAUUCCAAUUUUUGAAGGAACUGAUUACCUAACAUGUUAAUAAAAGCCAAUCUACAACUCUGGGAACUACUACAGGAAGUUCUACCUAUAAUUUCUAACAAGUAUUUUCUCAUGUAAUAAACAUUAUAUAAACACCCAUAAGUUAACAAAGUACUAUAACUAGUCCCAUUAAAUAGUUGAAAAUCACAAAAGAAAAAUAUUUUAAUUUCCAACAACAGUAAUGUUUUUAAAAGUAAUAUGCAAACAGAAAGCAAUAGAAUUACUGAAGAUAACACAAAAGCAUUUAGUCCAAAGUUGCCAUUUAAAAAAGAAAACAAAAAACAAUUAAACACAUGAACUAACCUCAAAUGUUAACCAAAAUGCAAUAUGAAAUAGCACAAGCGUCGGCCAAUUGAGACCGGACGGCACACAAGCGAGUACUGAAACACAAGCGAUUACAUAAUCUAAUUGGUAUGAAAUGUCACAAAGUCAAUAUAAGUACAUAUAUGUACAAAUGUAUGUACUGUAAAUCCAGUCAAAGAAUGGAGUAAAAUAUAUAUAUAUAUACAAACAAUAUAAUAUAUAUAAAAUAUUAAUAAUAUAACUUUGCAACUCAUCUCAUGAGAUUUUGCCGACUAAUUUUAGCUUUUAAUUGCAUCUUAGCUUAAGUCAAAGAGUUUAUCGUAUUGACCUGAAUUAUUAAAAAUAAAAAUGAAAUAAUUAAAAAAAAACUGGCUUAAAAAAGCGUUUAAUGUUCGAUACAAAUUACCUUGGAAACAAUAAAGAAUCUGCAUGAAUCUGAAAUCAAUUAUGUAA